UCUUCAACUGCUUCUUCCCCUCUCCCGCUCUCCCCUCUCCUCUCGAAUGGUUCACCUGCUUCUCCCCAACCUCCACCAACCACCGCGCGGCUCUCUUUAAUCGACUGUAACGUCAGCCAGCAGGCCCGAUAAGUCGACCCUACACUCGUUCUCUACAACUACCAGGGCCAUCCCACACACUCUCUCUAUCCAAAUCCCCUCACCACCAGUCUGUCAUUGAAACACAAGCCUGAGUCUCCGGUCAUUCCGCGCCCCAGCAAUAUACCCACCCUUUCAUCUCGGAACUCAGUAUCCGCGACGUCACCAAUCUUUUACCAUCUCUUCCGAUCCCGAAAACCACUUCACUCUUUGCACGCGACGACAACGCCGACGCCUUCACUUGCGCAAUUGAUCAAUUGAUUGCUACUCUCGUCCGCGACACGAAAGCCAACACUCUUCCAAAUCACAACGCCAUCAGAAAUCCAUCACAAUGGGUCUCAGUCUCUUCGACCGCAUCCAAGCCAAGAUCGAGCUGUUCCGUCUUGAGCAGCGCUACACCCGCCGCCGUCAUCGUCGCUCCACCUUUGUCUCUAACGCUACCUACGUCGAUGGCGAAUACGUCUACAACACCCCCAACACCACCGGUUCCUCGACCAAGUCGAGCGCGACCAACGCCACCCGAGAAAUGCCCUUCUCCCCCGACGUCGGCGUCAGCUCUCCCAAAGAAGAAACACCCGCCAGGAAGGUCUCCAACAGGUGGUCUACCGUGCCCGGAUUCGGCAGCAGCUCGACACCCUCGAAGCAGCCUAGCAUGGAGAGCGUAUCGCCCGAGCAGCCAAACUUUGAGAGCCGGUACCAGCAGAACUCGUGGGGAAGGAGCUCGAAGCGCGUCAACUUCAACGAGGCCGAUCGGUAGAAGCGCUCCGCUCGUUGGCUUGUUGCUGUGUAGGCAGAUCACCGCUGUUCGUACUUGACAAGGAGCGACAUGAUCAGACACGCACACACGACUUUUGGGCAGGACAUGGCCAUUUCGGAAACGGAUAUGUCGCCUGUCUUCCCAUUUGUAUAUUUUUGAUGCCCACAUGACGCUCAAUCACGGCACGACCUUCGAUAUCGGAACCGAUCGCGCUUUGGCAAUCCAGUACAUGUUCUACUUGGGCCCCGGAUGCACGACACGCUGAUUAUCGACUUGAUGACGACAAAUUCUUACCUCCUUUCUUCUUUUCUUUUUUUCUUGAUUACCGCGCCAGUUCGAUCAUAGUCGGGGCUGAGCAAACACGACUGAUCCACAAGGCAUACUACCCAUCAGUGUGGCAUCCGGCUCUUGAUGGAUACGAACCAGCAUUUGUUUUACUUCUUUUCUUGGUAGGCGCAGAUGCAUUGUAUGCUUUCGGCAUCAUACAUGGUCUGCUGCCUUUGAUGGAGGCGCAAAGAGGGCCAUUUGUAGAUGCGCCUGCGUCUCCAGCGGAAGUGCCUCUGGCCUCCAAUUAGGUUUGGGGUAGGAACUGAGCCCUGCAUGCAUGCAUGUCACCAUGCACUGGAGCGUGCUUGAACAGGCCAGUUUUGAGGAGGUGGUAUGGAACAGCCACAAGGUCGGCGUCCACCUCCAUGGGGGAAAAGUAUUGGAAGAUAACAAAGCGGAGGAAGGGCGGACCAGACGCCGCUGGACAAGGUUGCCCCCAUGUUCAUAACGCCAACUGGAAGAAUGCGUUAGGCUAUGUAUUACGUUCUUUUAAUUAGAUCGGGGGACAUAGAGUUGGCAAUGACAAGACAUUAUAUCUGCAUCAAAGAACAAUGCGACACUGUG